AUGGCAAUGAACUCCGAGCGCUCUUCGUAUGCCGAUUUAACGCCUGUUUCGUUCACCAACAGCUCUUCGACGCCCAAUUUGGAUGCUGCUGCCUUCGCCGCCAUUUCAGACGCUGAUCUAAGCCGAUCUGUAAAGCUUACGGUAAAGUUUUUUGCGGCGCGCGAUUUGCUGAUCGGUUUUUUGUACAAUGCCCCAGAAAUCAAAGAUUACGGGGGAGUUUUUCGUUCCAAAACAGCGAAUUUACCGCCUGGGUCAGUUCAAAGUGUACUUCAAACAAGUGUAAUUAAACCUACCACUCAAACUUGGGAAAAUUAAACCUACUCAGACAUCGUAUGCUGAGGUCUUCCGGUUCUCAUUUCAAUUUUAUAAUUAUCGAUUUUUCAGAAAGUCCAUGAGUUCAACCGACUUGUCGCGGAACUUGACUUCGACGGCGGGUAUCCGGAUGAGGAGAUUACCAUAAAUGAAGAAGUGCAAGUCGUAGAAGAACAAAGAGAAGAAAGUGAUGAUGAGGAUGUGAAUGUAAAAUAUCCGUACGAAAGAAAGGAUCGCUAUGCCGACCUGUGCAAACGAGUCGAAGAGAGACUGAACAAUGACGACUCAACUAGAGAAAUUGAUGACAGAGCUCGGGUAAGUCACCAGCACCAAAAUGAAGCAGUAGCUAUGGUUUCCAGGAAAUCGAGUUGAUGCUCAAAGUUGACGAGGAGAAGCGGAAAAUGGAGGCUAAACAAAUCGGUUUCACCCACUUUGAACGACCUUUCUUCACUUGUGUCAUGUGUGCCAGAUCCUAUUCGUCAGCAGAAGAACUUCAAGCUCACACUGCCAAAGCUCACGAUCUGUCAGGCAACCAAUGGAAGUGCAAAAUGUGCGGAAAGGCCUACAAGCACAGAAAGAACCUCUCAUCUCACAUGGUCCUUCAUCGAAAAGAGUUUCAGUGCAAAGAGUGUUCUCUCGUUUUCCAAUCUAAAGCAACUCUUGAAAGUCACAUCAGCCGGCACAAUACGAACUCGAAAAAUGAGAAGGUUGCCGACGUAGAAAAGCCGAUGAAGAAUUGCGAUAUCUGCGAAAAACGCGUUCCGGAGAAGCUCAUGGCCAGGCACAAGUAUUACUGCGUCAACAAGGAGCAAAUUGCAAAACAACGCGCUGAGAAAAAGGCAUUAAGCGUGCCGCCAAGUCCAGCCAUGUCAAUGAUAAGUUGCGCAUCGUUCGCCAGCUAUCAGCCGGGACCCAGCAGCUCUUCUCCGAUGACCAGCCCCGUCGUCUCCCUGCGUGACAAGUCAUGCCGAGUAUGCGGAGAGUCGUUCGCCAGCCGACAAUCGAUGCUCCGACACGUAGGAAGGAAACACCCAGAAGUGAAAGACGACCCAAAUGUCACCGCCGUCAGAUAUGUGUCCGUGGAAUCGGUAAGGAAAACACCGCUCAUUCGAAGUACCAAUUCAUUUAUUUUUCAGCCUACGCAUCCAUACGCGUGCAUGGAUUGUGGAAAACGAGUGACGACUCGAGCCGCUCUCACAGCCCACAGAGCUCGAGCCCACGAGAACGCAACACGUCACGAAUGUCACGUCUGCCACAAAUCGUACAUCGUCCCGUCGGAGCUGAGAAAGCACAUCAAGAGAGUUCAUGAGAAUGCUUCGACGACGUCUUCGCGCGAGGAGAUACCUGAUAUUGACUCUAUCUUCUAA